UUCACCCGUAACAAUUACAUACAGACCAUUAAACCAGAUAUCUGGGGUAAACUGGGCUUCCAUUACGACAACAUUUGGACUAUCCCACUCACAGGUCCAUCACAUAGUCAUUAGGUGGCAUGAACGUCCUGUGUAAGCAGCGUGCGAAUCGUGUAGCUAGCGGAAGCAGCCACAGAAGCACUGAGCACGCGAAGUCACGGCUGUUACGUAGAUCACAAAAUCGGACAUUCAAAAUGGCGUCAUUUUUUUGAAACUUUUUGAAUUUUUGAACGCGACGGCCCCCAGAGAAUAGCUGAGAAUUGCAUUUUUCACGUUGGUAUCCAGGCCAUUUUGGCUCCCAUCGUCUCCCAUCGACACGGUUUACCAUACAACCACGAUUUUCGUCCAGGGGAAGCUUCAAGGAACGCAUUGAUGCCUUUUGGAUCGUCUUUCCCAAGAGGCGACAGGUUUCUGUCGCCAUGUCGCCUCCACGUCCUUUGUUCUUUCGAUUCCCAAAACUGCUCUACUUUCAUUGCUGCCUACAUCCCGGCUCCGAGUUUUCGCAGCUGCUUGCUGUGUUUUUGGUGGCCCUAGAGACCUUCUAUAGCUCGAAAAUCGCGCUCUUGUCCCAGAUCGUGCAAAGGAAGUCUCGAUCGCGCAUCGACAUUUUAGCCUUGUUUGUUGCUUUCUGCUCUGCGAUGGAGCACCACUCGAGUAUUCUUGAAUCCGUGUGUCGCAUUGGUGGGCAAAAACUUGCCAGUGCUAGUCACAAAACUCCAUAUCCGGUGAAGAAUUAUGUUGAAGAGAUCGCCAAAGUUUUUAAAAUUGAUGUUUCCAAAGAUUCCCCUGACGUGCAUCCCCAGUACAUGUGCUCACUUUGUCAAUUUGCUAUUGCACGUUCAAUGAGAGAUGACACAUAUAAGUAUUGUAGUGGGGGCUGCAAUGGCCCAGUUACAUGGCAACCACAUACGAGAUCUAACUGUGCCGUAUGUAAGAGUGAUGCUGUACGAGCCAAGGGCGGCCGUCCACCGAAACGGAAAGCCGUCAGUGAACUGCGUGGCCAAGCGGCAAAACGACAGACAUCAACGGCAUCAACAUCAGCAGAACUGCCAGAAGGCAGUCCUAGCUCUCAGCAAAGACGCACCAGCAGCAGUAGCAGCGGUGACACCAACACAGUAGCACACACCACUGAUAGUCAAACAUCCGCAGUUACUUUGGACGAGAUUUCGGCGCACGCAGCGCCUAUGUAUCGGGCUGAAGCAGCAUUAGAGAAAGAGCGGUUUAUUGACAGUGGAGCUGUGCAGGAAUGCAUGAUAUGUUUGCAAGUGGUAAAUGGAGCAGUUCAAGCCAAAUGCUGUGAAAAUAUAUUCUGCUCAACAUGCGUGCACACGUGGAUGAAGAGUCACAAUACAUGUCCAGUAUGCAGACAGCCAAUGGCACUGGCGACACUGCAGAAGCCAUGCAAGCUAGUGUGCAAUAUGGUUAGCAAGUGGGGUGUACAUUGUGACUUCCAUGAACCAGCAUUGUCAGGUUGCCCCGCAACCGUUCGAAGCAUGAAUUACGAGGUCAUGUCACAUCAUGUCCGUUCAAUCCAUCCACAUCCUCAGGAACGCCCAUUCGUACUGCAACCAAAGCUGCAACAGUGGAGGAGAUCUUAGCAGCGUCACCAUCAAAGCUACGGGGCGAUGUGAGUGACAGACUGACCUGUCACCUUGUGUCCGCCAAAGCAGAAGAUGGGAGGCUGGAAGUGAAAACCAGCAGCCAAGGAAGACCGCAAGUUUUCAUGCGAACAACAGUUGGCAGCAAGCAGCCGGAGGAGGCAUCAGCCAGGACGCUGAAACGACGGUCACUGGAAAUGGAGCGCAUCACAGAGACAGUUUGCACCACAGCAGAUGCAACACGGCAUGGCGUUGCUGGACUUGGCGCUACCAGCAUCAAACCACCUUCAGGCACUGCCCUUGCCAUGAAGGCCGAUCUAAGCCUUCCUUGGGCGCAACUCCGGAAGCUGCGCAGAUGGCUCCGCUCCUUCGGAGUUCAGCUUGAAUCGGAGAGAAGCAUUCGCUCAUUCAUCGCCACCACCUUGCCGAAAUACACAGUGAAGCAGCUCCCCUUUGUCAAGCGGACUGGCGAGUUGUCACUUGCUGCAGCUGUCUACUUUCCAAACCUAACCGACAUCAUUAUCCACUACCUCGACAUACUUGACAGCGGCAGUAAGCUGACAUGGCAUGAUGGCGCCAUCCCAGAAACGGAGAUAUGGGUCAAGCUGGGCGGUGACCAUGGUAAGACAACAUUUAAAUUCGUGAUGCAAAUCGCCAACACCAUGCAUCCAAACUCACUCGCCAACACUGUGCCAAUCUGCGUGUUUGCAGAGAAGGACUUGCCGGCAAACCUGGAAACUGCACUCUCAAUGUAUCGGAACCAAAUUGCAGAGCUACAGGGCCAGAAAUGGAAAGGCAAGACCAUUGUGCCUUAUCUGUUUGGUGAUUACGAGUACCAAACCAUGAACUACGGCUUGUCGGGUUCCAGUGGCGUAAGGCCUUGCCUCCAUUGCUUGUGCACGAAGAAAGACAUGCAGGUCCCACCAGCGAACCGCGACGUACAGUAUGGAGCACGGUCCUUAGAGAAGAUGGCGGAGGACUAUGCACAGUUUACUAGCGCAGGUGCUCUGCUGUCAAAGGCAAAGCUGUAUAACAACACCAUCCGACCAGUCCUAUUGCCAGUGCCCGUUGCGCGCGCCAUCAUUCCAGUGCUGCACCUGGACCUCGGUGUAUUCCCGUGGAUCUUUGAUGUAUUCACACGCGAGGUCCGUCUUCUGGACAUGCAGCUUGCAGAACAAUGCGACGCUGAAGAGCAAGACAGUGGACGGUUUAGAGCCUUGUCAACUGCAAAUCACAAGUUGUCUGGCUGCAAAACAGCGUUCUCGGAAGCAACAGCGAAAGCCACCGCUCUGGAGAAUCAUCUGCACUUCAUCGUCUUGUUUGGCCAGCAACAGGGCAUGGCGAUAGAAGCACUCGCAGGCGUGCUACAACGGGAGGUUGAGCAAGCACAGGCCGACACAGAGCAGUGUAGCUCGCAGCUGAAGAUUGCUGAAGCCGAACUGGCCAAGUUGCGCCGCAGCAAGGAUGUUCUCGGCCCGUGCGAAGCGUCCAUAGAGCCAGUACUGCAGAAGAACAUUAUCCAUCGGCAGGCCUAUCACGGCGGUGCUUUUGUAGGGAACCAUAUCCACCGUGCCCUCAAGCCCGCCGUGAUCACAGCUAUCACUGAGGCCCCAGCAAUUGUCAUUGGAGAUCGGUGCCCAGCUCUGCAGAAUGACGCUCAAGUAGUCAGUGAGCGGUACAAGUCCCUGUUCAGCCAGUACGCAGCGUGCAGAUCUUCCUUCAGCCAUUGCAACAAAUGUGGAGAGGAGGAACUGCAGCAAUUGGAGCUCUCCAUUGCCUCGUUCUUACAGAAAUGUCGGAGCGAGGUGGUGGAGAUUGGCUUAGGUCACAUCACUCCAAAGCUGCACCUCCUUGAGGAACACACUGUGCCGCUGAUGCGGAGAGUGCACGUCGGGCUUGGUCUACUGUCGGAGCAGGGCGCGGAAGGAAUUCACGCCGAGUUCAACCUGCUCGAGAAGAGAUACGGUUCCAUUCCCGGCGAGCUUGAGCGCCUGCAUGCUGUUGCAGAACAACACCUCGUAUGCACCCUGCCAGACGUUGCAGAUCAACGGCCCAAAGUUCGAUCGAGGCAGCGGACUGCUCCAUCGCAGGCAGAUCAACCAGCCAGUCCGCCAUAACACUGACUACACGCAAAGCCAGAGAGCUAAGCACGUGUCGACGAUGACUGCCCCUGAGCUGCACCACGGCAAGCGUAGUCACCACCAGCAGCAGCAACAGCAGAGUAGUAGUAAUGGCACGUGGACAGGGCCCACUGAGCACACGUCCGAGC